CCUGCUAAUUUUUUGUAUUUUUAGUAGAGACAGGGUUUCACCAUAUUGCCGAGGCUGAUCUCAAACUCCUGAGCUCAGGCAAUCUGCCUGCCUCGGCCUCCUAAAGUGCUAGGAUUACAGGCAUGAGCCACAGCGCCCUGCCAACCUAAAGGCUUUUCACAACUGGGAAUUCACUGAAUGUUGUAUCAUUAAAGCUAAUGUGGACCUUGGAUAAAUGUAUGCCUAUUUUCUGGGAAAUAAUGGUGGAGCUCUUUGAAAGGGUAAAAAUGGUGUUUUAUCAUACAUAACUAUGCCUGAGGUUUUUGUUUUGCAUUUAUCUUUGGGCAAAGUUGUAAAGUUAAGCAAAUCUGGAAUUGAAAUAAUUUGAUAACAUCAGCUAAUAUUUUUCAAAGUUAGAUUUUUGAAGUAUAAUUUACAUAAGAGUUACUCUUUUUAGAGGUAUAGUUGAAUGCAUUUUCGCAAAUGUGUACAAUUGGAUAACCACCACCAUAAUCUAGAUAUAUAGGUAAUGUGUAAUUAUAACAUAUAUGUACUAUACAAUAUAGGAUAUUUAUACCACCCAAAAAGUUUUCUCUUGCUUUUUAUAGUCAUUCCCCAAACCCCACUCCCAGUGCUGAUUGUCCCUAUAGUUUUGCCUUGCCAGAAUGAAUAAUACAUUAAAGAUAUAGCCUUUUGUGAAUGGCUUCUUUCACUUACAAUACUUUUGAGUUUUGAGUUGAAUUAUAAGUUUCACUUAUAAUACAUUUUGUGUUAUUGCAUCUAUUGGUAAUUUGUUUCAUUUUAUUGCUUUUUAGUAUUUCAUUUUUUUCCAGUAUGUCAUUUUAUGGACACAAUUUGUUUACCCAUUCACCAGUUGACUGAUAGCUGAACUGUUUCUGGGUUUCUGCUAUAGAGAGUUGCUAUAAACAUUUUCAUAUAGGUCUUUAUAUAGACAUAUGUUUUCAUUUCUCAUGGGUAGAUACUUAGAAGUAGGAUUGCUGGGUCAUAUGUUCACUCUACUUUUUAACUUUAUAAGAAACUGUCAAACCUUUUUCCAAAGUUUCUAUACCAUUUUGCAUUCUCACUAGCAAUGUAUGAGAAUUUAAUUUGCUCUGCAUCCAGGCCAGCAUUUUGUAUUGUUUGUAUUUUGUAUUUUAUACAUUCUAGUAAGUAUGUAGUGUGGCAUCUCACUGUGGUUUUACUUUUUGUUUCCCUAAUGUCUAAUGAUGGUCGUGGAUCUUUUCACAUGCUUAUUGAUCUUUUUGAUUCUUAUGAAGUGUUUGUUUGUUCAAAUCUUUUGACCAUCUUUUCACUGGAUUGUCCUCUUAUUGUGUUGUAAAGAUUUUUUAAAAAAUAAUUUCUGGAUACAAGUCCUUUAUUUGAUAUGCAUUUUGUACAUAUUCCCUUCUCAAGUCUGUGGCUUGUUGUUCUGUUUUCUUAACAGAUUUUUUCAAAGAGAAAUUUGAUAAAGUCCAGUAUACCAUUUUUUAUUUUAUGCUUCAUGCUUUUGUGGUUUAAGAAAUCUUUGCCUAACGCAAGAUCACAACUACUUUCUACUGUGUUUUCUUCUAGAAGUUCUUUAGUUUUAGAUUUUACAUUUAGUUCUAUGAUUCAUUUCAAGUAGAUGUUAGUGUGGUGCAGGAUAAAGGUUGAAGUUUCUUGUUUUGUGAGUGGAUGCUCAAUUGUUCAAGCAUUCUUUGUUGAAAAGAAUAUCAUUUCUCUUUUAUAGCUCAAAUUUUAUUACUUAAAAUUAUUUUAAGAUGCACAUAUUAAAGUGAUAUGUGUAAAAGAUUAUAUAUUUCUGGAAGCAUGCCUAUUUACACUAGUUAUUAUUACUUUAGGAGACAGAUAUUCUCUUUGUUUAAAUUGUUUCCACAAAGCAUACCACGAAGUACAGAGGGGACAUUAGUAACUAUUUUAUGAUGAUUAUGGUAUUCAUUUAGGCCAAUUUAAGUGAACUGGAGAUCCUAAUUUUCUCUAUAAGGAGAAAAUACUUUUUCAUACAAGAUUGUUUUUGUGGAGGCUUCAUUUAUGUGAAGUUUUUGCACCCAUUUAUUGUCAUGAUUAUUCUUCAGUGAAACAAAAGUCUGUAGUAGAUAUGCUGCUGCUGCUGGUUUUAGGUAAAUUGACUAAAUAGUUAUACAAAACUCUGUCUCUACCGUAUAUGAAUUCAAACUGUAUCAACAAUUACAGAAUACUAUGCUAACAUCUAAUAAGAGAGCCCAUGUAGAAGAGAAAUAUAAAUACAGCUAUCAGAUCAGUCUCAUGUUAUUUCAGCUUCAAGGAGCCUCUUAGCAAAAAUGGUUUCCUUUCUCCAUACAUGUUGCAGGUGUUUACUAUUUUAAAUGAGACUUUUUUGUUAAAAAAAAAAUUAAAAUAAGAUCAUUUAGAGAACAAUUCUUAGCUUGUUCAGAUGAUUAUUUGGUUUUAAAAAAGCAGCCUGGAGUUCCUCUUAAUCUCAAAUCUCCAUAACACUUACAAGAGAUGUUUUCAUUUACUGAAAGGAAUAGUUUUUUCUUAAAUCAAAUGUAGAGCCAUUAUCACUAGAGGGCAGUAAAUACAAACAGAUUUAGUGGAUUUACUGGCACUAACGAUGUUUUCAGAAUACUAGCAUUAAUCAAAGAAAGUAUAGUUUUUAUAAUAUGAAAAUACAUGUAACAUUCUGUUAUGUAAAAUAUUGGUUAUGAAUCAAUUCUAGAUUAUUGUCUGCCUCUAAAAUAUUUUUAAGGCAUUUGAAAGCAAAGGGAGGCUGAGAAACACUAGUUUUCUGUGGCUAUUCUGUUUAAUACUUGAAGUUUAACUUUGCCUCAGAAUUCUUCAAGGGACAUUUAAAAAUUAGAUUUGCAUUUGUUCAAGCUGAACAGUACUGGAUAUAUGAGAGACCACGUUAUAUAGAUUUGCUUCUUGAUUAAUAACUACCACGACUUUUAAUUUUAAGGUGAAAGGUGUAAAAUAAAUGUAGAUUGAUUAUAGGAUAAAAUAUUUUCCAAUAAUGUAAGUCCUACUGCAAACAGUGCUACUGCCUGGAAAACUCCUUAUGUUGGAGAAGUCUAAGAGCUAAUACACUUAUUUUAAACAAUAUUUCUUAAAUAUUUCAAACACAGUAAUAUAAUAUACAGCUUAGAAUUGAUUAUAUUAACGGAUCUAUUAUGUAGGCUCUAGGCUAAAUAUAAAAUAAUGCCUGAAAUAGUUUUCUUUUUUUGGCAAUUUAGAGUACUCUGAAACCAGACAGUCUGGGUUCAAAUCCUGGCCCUGUUACUUACUACUGGCUUUGUGACCUUGAGCAAGACAACUUGACCUCUCUGAGCCUUAGUUUCCCCAUAAUUUAGUUUUGUUUUUCCCUAUUCAAAAAUGCAUCUUUUCUCUCUUGACCUCUGUUACAAAGUCAAUAAUGACAGCAUGUGUUAAUGUAUCAGCAGUUCAACUCCAUCAGCAGAAUUUCAAAUAUCCUGAAAUGUACUGAAAUAGUUCAAAAAGAUUGUUAAUUGCUUGGGUAUCCGGUAAGGACUGAGAAAACAAGGAAUAGCAGGGAAGUGGCCUCUAGAAAUUCUGAGGGGUAUUUCUAGGAAAAGUCUGAAAAAGAGAACUAACUGAAUAUUAUGGGAAUUUUUUUUUUUUCUUUUUUGAGACAAGGUCUUGCUCUGUCAUCCAGGCUGGAGUACAGUGGUGCAAUCAUAGCUCACUGCAGCCUUAAACUCCUGGCCUCAAGCCAUCCUCCCACCUCAGCACCUCCCACCUCCCACCUCAGUAGUAUCUGGAACUACAAGCACAUGCCACCACACCUGGCUAAUUUUUAAAUUUUUUGUAGAGACGGUGGUUUCUCUAUGUUGCCCAGGCUGGUCUCGACCUCCUGGCCUCAAGCAAUCCUCCCGCAUUGGCCUCCCAAAAUGUUGGGAUUACAGGCAUGAGGCACUUCACCAGGCCAAGAAACUAUUUUUUCUAUUUCAACAAACACACUUGCAUAUAUGUAUAUAAAAUCAUUUGGGCAUUUGAGAGCAGUGGAUUACAGAUAAGAAACCUGAGCUCUAGCUGUAACGCUGUCCCUCAAGUUGUGUUGUCAGAACUUUUCUGGACCUCAGUUCCUUGUCUGAAUGUGUCGUCAUCAUUACAUCUGCAUAUGAGGGCAGCUGUGUGUUGUUCACAUAGCACUCCCAAACAUAAGCGUGUCUCACUAUAUGGCAGGGCUGUCUGCCUGUGGGCACCUGCUUCCUCACCCUGUCCAGAGAUCUGACCAUGGUGAUAGUAACCACGAUUCUUUAAUUCAAGGCACUGUAAAGUUAGCAAAAAGAUUGAGGAUAAACAAAUCCACUCCUAGAUUCAUACUGUUUAUCAUAGAGUUUGCAUCAGCCUAAUUAUAUGAUGAGCUGUCAUACACCAUUAAGAGCAAGGACUGGGUUUGCAUUUCAAUCCUGUCACCUAUGGAGCAAGUUAUUGAAUAUGUAAGAAGGUCCAUCUUUUCAUGUUAAAAUAGGGAUAAUAUUUAUCUUAUCAGAAUGUUGCCAAGAUUAGAAAUGAGGUAUGUAAAGUUCUUUGUGCAUAGUAGGUGCCUAGUAAAUGUUGUAACUUAUUAAAGUUUCUUCAUUAAAUUUGGUGAAGCCAAGUCUGACUAUAAGAAUUGUAUCUCUCUGGCCCUAUUCAAAUUUCUCUUCUAAAUUAUCUAGAUUCUCUCUGCAGAUAGCAGCUACCGUGGCAAUAGGAAGGAGAUUCUAGUCUCCUAGAAAUGGAGAUUAGGGAAAAUGAAAUGAAUUUUAAUUUCGCUCAGAGAUUUUUGAAAAGAUUUCUUAUUCCCUAGAAAUAUGGAAACUUUCCUUGGUACUUUUUACUCAAUAUGAUUAAAUAAUCUCCCUUAUUGCAGCAAAUUAGGGACUUAUUUGAAUAAGUUAAAUCCUUUCACAUCCAGCACCUAUUAGAAUGCCUGGCACAUAAUAGUUGCCAAAUAGAAGUCUGUUGAAUGAAGGGACCAUCACUCACAUUCAGCAGGGAGAAGAGGCUGCAGAUUUUAGAGGGAAGGGAAACUGUAUGUGUGUUUCUGCAUAAUGUUUUAAGACAAGGAGUAUUAUCUACUAAUGUAAUCUGUUUUAAAUGUUUUUGAUGAUUUUGCUGAGGGUGAAAACCCUUGUCCUUUCCUGUCACCUAUAAUCAGUAUAAAAAUAUUGAUGUUUUGCAUCUGCAUCAGCCAACAAUCUUUUUGUGGCAAUAGUACACUACCUUGAGAAAUACAGGGACAUAAUAAGAUACUUUUCUGGCCUCAAAGAUCCUCCACCCUGGAUGAGGAGUCAAAGUUGAAGACAGUUGAAAAAAAUAGAACAGUGAUUCUUAACACUGGGGAACAUUCAGGGAAUUUCAGGGGACAGUGACUGGGGAGUACUCCUGGUGCUUGGUGGGCAGAGGCCAGGGAGGCUAGAUGUCCUGGGAUACAUGGGACAGCCUUUCACCAGGGAGGUUUGCUGUGUGUCCCACACAACUUCCAAAAAGUCCCAGCAGCUAUUCACAUAGGUGAAAAAACAAAAUGCACUUAUAAUUCUCUGAGCCUAGAACCCAACUACUUUUUACGUAUAAAUAUUAAAUAUUUUUACAUGGUUUUAAUCCACACCAAAUUUUCUAGUAAUGCAGCAAUAGUGUAUAUUGUGAAGAUGGCACUUUGUUACAUUUGAAACCUUUCAAAGAAUCAUUCAUCAUUUCAGGAAAAAGGAAAAUUCUUCUAACAUAACACCCCUGUAUUCAUUUUCAUGCUACUGUUACUUUUGUGGUAAUUCUCCCCGUAAGAGAAAUCAUAGCAAACCCUUAGAUAGCACUUACUGUUCUAAGAGCCUUAUGUAUAUGCACUAAUUUAAUCCUCACAACAACCCUGUAAGGUAGAAACUAUUAUUCUCAUUUUCCAUGUGAGUAAACUGAAGUAUGGGAAAUUUAAAUAGCUUCCCCAAGGUCACACAGCUAAUCAGUUAUAGUAGUUUUUGACUACUUUUUAAAAUGUAGUUGUGUACAAGUAUUUAUAUUUUGUAGUAUUUGAUAGAAAUUACUCAUUUCUCCUUUAUUUCACUGAUAAGCCAUUAUACUGAUUUUUUUUUUUUAAUCUAUGUAGGGAGUAUUUAGCCUGUAUGUAUUCAGUACAGUAUUAUGAAGGAAGUGUAUUUAGGAAUUUCAUUUCAGGAUGAAUACUUGUUAUAAAAAGUAAAAAGUAACUGAGUCUUAAGUUUGUCAAAGAAUAAAAUUGAUGGAUGGAUGGAUUUUUUUUUUUAAAGGAGGGGGAAGGCAGUGAGCCUGACUGCAGAGUGUAAUUUGCAUUUAAAUGACAAGUGGUAUGACACUUCCACCUGUUCUUCAGGGAGCCUCACCAAGUAUGCUUUGCCUCGAGGCCUUUGCUUUUGGCCAUUCCUCACUUGGUUUUCCCUUCUCUACCCUACCUCUCACCCCUCAAUCCACAUGGCUUGUUUCCUUUCUUCAGAUCUCCUGGUAUACGUCAUCUCAUCAGAGGGGCUUUCCAUGAUCACCUUAUAGCAACCUCUAUCCGUAAUCCUUAUAACCCUUCUUUCUCUCCAUUGUGCUUAUCACCCCAUGACGUAUUAUGUAUUUAUUAACUUAGUUUUGGAAUAUAAGCUGCAGGUGAGAAAGCUUUGUUUUGUUUACUCUAUGUCCCCAGCAUCCAAGGCAGUGCCUGACAUACAGUAGGAGCUUAAUAAAUAUUGAAUGAAGGGGCAGAUGUAGAAUCGUUAGAAUUUGGAAAAAGACUGGAAUAUUUGGUCCUAAGAUGUACUUUGAAUGAUUUAAAUCUGACUGAGAAAACCAGUUUGAGGUUGGCAGAGUAGAAGAAGGAGGGUAUUUUAGGCCGAGAAUUUGGUAAGACAAGAGAUGGGAUUGUCAGCUGUAUGGUGAAGAUGGAGGAAUACUAGUCUUUCAGGAACAGAGCAAAUGUAAUAGAGCAGCUGAAAAUAGGCUUGGCGUUGGGGAUUAAGGUCAGAUAUGGCAGUCUGGAAUUUACAGAGGGAUGUGAUGAAGCAGGCAUUACUAGCUUUGAAGUAACAGGCUGCGGCUGGAUUUGAGGGAAAUUGAUCUGGCAGUAGAGGUCAAUAUGAGACUAGAAGGGGAAAAGCCAGGGGCAAGAAGAUGAGCUAAGAAGCAAUUACAGCAUUUUGGCCCUGAGACAUGGAGUGCUGUCAUGCAAUUGAAAGGAAAUAUAACAUAUAUAUUUUAAAAACAAACGAUAAACCAGAGAAUUUUUUAAAAUAUUAGUAUAAUAGAAUGAUUAUCAUAAUGAUCAUUGUCACUGUCAUCUUUACUGUCUGAUACCUACUUAUCUUCAACUUUGUACCAUUUGUUGUUUUAAGUGCUUUGCAUAUAUGGUCUCAUUUAAUCCUCAUAUAUAUCUGUUCUGGUUAUUUAUUGCUAUGUAAGAAAUCACUUCAAACCUAAUACUUUGAAAUAUGAAUGUAUUUUUAUUAGUUUUCAUGACUUUGUGGGUUAACUGGUCUUGGCUUCUUGCUUGGCAUUCCUCAUAUGGUUGCAGCCCAGUGGGUAGCUAUCUGAAAGCUGAACUGGCUGGAUGGCUAAGAUGGCUUCUUGCCCCUCAGGUCUGGCUCUGGGCUGGGGUGGCUGGCAUUGCUGAAGACUGGCCAGGCAUGUGUGCUCUUUCUUGUGCAAGUGCUCUCUUGCGCUUUCUCUCUUCACUGUCUGUGAAGUUAACAUGGACUUCUUGUAGCAUAGCCUCUCAGAGUAGUCAGACCUUUUUUUUUUUUUUCAACCUAAUGGCUUAGGGGUCCGAAUAGCACAUUCAAAGAAAGCAGGAUGAGAGCUGCAAGAUUUCUUAUGACUUAGCCUCAGCAGUCAUGCACCAUCACUUGUUGGUUACACAAGCCAACUCAGAUUCAGUGUAGGACAGUGUGGCUCAUUAAGAGUAUCUUUGGAGACUAGCUGCCACAGUAAUCCACUUUACAGAUGAGGAAGCUGACACACUAAAAAGAUUAUUUGUCAGUGAUUGUGCACAAAAGAUUUAAACUUGCAAUUCUUGUUCUCAGUACCAGAGUGAACCUGGGAAAAUCAUUUUUUCUCUCUAGGUCGCAACUUUAUGUGGAAAUAAGGGAGUUAGAGGGGGUGAUAUUAAAGUUACUAUUUCUCUCAGUCUUUUAAAUAUUUGGAUUGAGAUUACGGGAGGGGUAAUGGUAAGGAACAAACUGAAAGAAACAGCUUUGGAUAAAAGAUAGGGCUUGCUAACAAAGUUGAAUGAAGGAGGGAAGGUGAUGCCGUAUAGGGGAACAUGCCGGGUUACUCAAGGAUUCAGCUAGAUGAUUUAUAUUAAACACCUGACGGUGUCUGACGCACAUGAAACACCUGUUGAAUGGUAGGAAAGAGUCAUAGAUUCCAUCUGAGAUACUGGAAGAAAUAUAGGCUCACUGACUGAAAUGGAAGUAAUUAUACUAAGAACUACUUUAAAUAGAAAAAUGUCUCACAGUUUUGAAAAAGUUUGUCGUGACUAGCAGGGCAUUCGAGAGGAGAAUCUUGUAUUCAGAAAUAUGGCACUGAAGUUCAAGUUAGAAGUGGUCAUUGAAGAUUGUGGGCCUAGGGAAAAUUAAAGAAGUUCAGGAUCCUGGGAGUUGAGGGAGAGUAGUAGGAAUGAUCAAACAUGUGGAACACUUCAGAGAAGUAGGGAGACCAGAGAAAAGGAGGACCUUAGUAUUCCUCUGGGGGUAGCUUUAGUGGAAUGUUGGAGCUUUAAUUUCUUCCUUUUGUAGAGGAGUAAGAGUGAUGGAAAUGAAUACAACAGAUGUUAACAAAAGCAGAGGACUGUAGCAGCAAAAGGCCAAUAGAAACUCAGAGAGACACAGUGUUACAGGAGUGCUUAUCAGAGAGCAUGCUCUCUAAGACAGACAUGCCACAUGUGGAAAUAGUUAAAUGUCAGGAAGCCUGCAGAGUAGCCAUACCAGCAAGUUAAAGCACAGAGUAGUAAGCACAGGCUUUGAGAUGGAGAGGAGGUAAAAUGCACAGAAUUAUAUGCUAAAAUCAACUAAAACCUAGUUUUUCCUUGUUUCUCACCCAUAAGACCUCUUUAGUAUUAAAGUUACAGGGUAAUACUACACCAAACCAAAUAGAAAAUGCUGUUUUUCUAGAAAGAACUUUGAUUUCUCAUUUAACCCUCCUCAUAAAAUGUCUGAUUACUCUUGAGCUCAAUUCUGGAUUCCUAAGAGCCACUCAUUCCUUUCUUAACUUUGUGUACAGUUAUUAAAAUGUUCUGUUCUGGCUGGGCACGUUGGCUCACACCUGUAAUCCCAGCACUUUGGGAGGCCGAGGUGGGCAGAUCCCCUGAGGUCAGGAGUUUGAGACCAGCCUGGCCAACAUGGUGAAAUCCCGUCUCUGCUAAAAAUACAAAAAUUAGCCAGGCGUGGUGGUGGGCGCCUGUAAUCCCAGCUUCUCGGGAGGCUGAGGCAGGAGAAUCGCUUGAACCCGGGAGGAAGAGGUGACAGUGAGCCAAGAUCGCACUACUGCACUCUAGCCUGGGCGACAGCGAGACUCUGUCUCUAAAUAAAUAAAUAAAUAAAAUGUUCCCUUCUGAUCAAAAUACAGAUCCUGAGUUCUAUAUACAAAACACUGCAUUCCUUAUGCAUACACAGUGCCCUAGCUUUCAGAUUUCCCUCCCCCCAGAAUUGCAAGUGGUCCCACCCCUAGAUUUUGAAGGUUUUAGAACUCUGUCAUACAUAACAAUAGAAACAAAAGGAGCUGAGAGCAGCCAUGCCACACAGGUGAGGGAAUGUGUCAUUGCCAUCUGUGCCAUCUGUGAAUUCUGGACAUUAGUCGUAUUGUUUAAUCCCUAUGCUUUUAUGUUGGAUGAGGGGAGAACUACAGUUAUUUCUACAUCACCAGGGAGCCACUUGUUUCGGAUUUGAGAGAGGGAAGCAAUUAAAAUGCUCGAUUGCCAUUUUUGGAGCAGUUUUUAUUUGGAAGGAAGGGAAGCCAGAGGACAUUAAAAUUCAUAGAAAAUGCCCUCCAAAAGGAUGGGCAAUUCUUAAGAAUGAACUACGAAUUUUGAGGAGUUUUAUGGUCAUCAUUCAUCACUGCAAGAGGGAAGCCCCGUUCAUCUUUUCUCAGGGUGGCCUCAGAGCUGCAGGGAUACCAUUAUUCAAUGGCGUUUGUCGGGUGAGGAGGAAGCCUCCCCAGAGGCUGGCCCUUGCCAACCAAUCCCAAAGCAGCCUGCACCGAGGCCACACCCCCUCGCCUUAUAGGCUAAGAGCUGGAAUGCAAUUGGUGCAGAGUUGGGGUUUUAUGGGAGGGGCUUCUUGUCACUCUUCCCGGCUUCCCUGCAGUUCCUUAUUUGGUAGCUUUUGACAGGACUAGCCUUUCUUGCAACUAAGCAUCUUGACAUACAUUAUUCAUUAAGCCCUGGAGCUCGGGAGAGAAAGAUGCAGACCCUUAGAUCUUUAGAUAUUCCUUUAUCACGUGGAUUUUCUUUAUUCAGAAUAGUUGCCGAAUUUUGUGCCAUUCUGGAGUCUUACAAAUGGCAUGUAUUCGAUGGGAAGACGGCUGGAUGGGAUUUAAUGCGAGGCUUUCUUAUGUAUACUUAAUUACCAAAAACCUUUAAAAACUCAUACUCUGCGUGGCUUGUGGAGGUUGUUAAAGUAUCGAGAUUUUGAAGCUAAAUACAUUUUAGAGCUUACUAUAUAUAUAUAUAUAUAUAUAUAUAUAUAUAUACACACAUAUAAUCAAUCAAAAAUGCCUGAAGCAAACUAUUUACUGUCAGUGUCUUGGGGCUACAUAAAGUUUAAAAGGAUGCUUAAUCGGGAGCUCACCCAUCUCUCUGAAAUGAGUCGGUCUGGAAAUCAAGUGUCAGAGUUUAUAUCAAACACAUUCUUAGAUAAGCAACAUGAAGUGGAAAUUCCUUCUCCAACUCAGAAGGAAAAGGAGAAAAAGAAAAGACCGAUGUCUCAGAUCAGUGGAGUCAAGAAAUUGAUGCACAGCUCUAGUCUGACUAAUUCAAGUAUCCCAAGGUUUGGAGUUAAAACUGAACAAGAAGAUGUCCUUGCCAAGGAACUAGAAGAUGUGAACAAAUGGGGUCUUCAUGUUUUCAGAAUAGCAGAGUUGUCUGGUAACCGGCCCUUGACUGUUAUCAUGCACACCAUAUUUCAGGAACGGGAUUUAUUAAAAACAUUUAAAAUUCCAGUAGAUACUUUAAUUACAUAUCUUAUGACUCUCGAAGACCAUUACCAUGCUGAUGUGGCCUAUCACAACAAUAUCCAUGCUGCAGAUGUUGUCCAGUCUACUCAUGUGCUAUUAUCUACACCUGCUUUGGAGGCUGUGUUUACAGAUUUGGAGAUUCUUGCAGCAAUUUUUGCCAGUGCAAUACAUGAUGUAGAUCAUCCUGGUGUGUCCAAUCAAUUUCUGAUCAAUACAAACUCUGAACUUGCCUUGAUGUACAAUGAUUCCUCAGUCUUAGAGAACCAUCAUUUGGCUGUGGGCUUUAAAUUGCUUCAGGAAGAAAACUGUGACAUUUUCCAGAAUUUGACCAAAAAACAAAGACAAUCUUUAAGGAAAAUGGUCAUUGACAUCGUACUUGCAACAGAUAUGUCAAAACACAUGAAUCUACUGGCUGAUUUGAAGACUAUGGUUGAAACUAAGAAAGUGACAAGCUCUGGAGUUCUUCUUCUUGAUAAUUAUUCCGAUAGGAUUCAGGUUCUUCAGAAUAUGGUGCACUGUGCAGAUCUGAGCAACCCAACAAAGCCUCUCCAGCUGUACCGCCAGUGGACGGACCGGAUAAUGGAGGAGUUCUUCCGCCAAGGAGACCGAGAGAGGGAACGUGGCAUGGAGAUAAGCCCCAUGUGUGACAAGCACAAUGCUUCCGUGGAAAAAUCACAGGUGGGCUUCAUAGACUAUAUUGUUCAUCCCCUCUGGGAGACAUGGGCAGACCUCGUCCACCCUGACGCCCAGGAUAUUUUGGACACUUUGGAGGACAAUCGUGAAUGGUACCAGAGCACAAUCCCUCAGAGCCCCUCUCCUGCACCUGAUGACCCAGAGGAGGGCCGGCAGGGUCAAACUGAGAAAUUCCAGUUUGAACUAACUUUAGAGGAAGAUGGUGAGUCAGACACGGAAAAGGACAGUGGCAGUCAAGUGGAAGAAGACACUAGCUGCAGUGACUCCAAGACUCUUUGUACUCAAGACUCAGAGUCUACGGAAAUUCCCCUUGAUGAACAGGUUGAAGAGGAGGCAGUAGGGGAAGAAGAGGAAAGCCAGCCUGAAGCCUGUGUCAUAGAUGAUCGUUCUCCUGACACGUAACAGUGCAAAAACUUUCAUGCCUUUUUUUUUUUAAGUAGAAAAAUUGUUUCCAAAGUGCAUGUCACAUGCCACAACCACGGUCACACCUCACUGUCAUCUGCCAGGACGUUUGUUGAACAAAACUGACCUUGACUACUCAGUCCAGCGCUCAGGAAUAUCGUAACCAGUUUUUUCACCUCCAUGUCAUCAGAGCAAGGUGGACAUCUUCACGAACAGCGUUUUUAACAAGAUUUCAGCUUGGUAGAGCUGACAAAGCAGAUAAAAUCUACUCCAAAUUGUUUUCAAGAGAGUGUGACUCAUCAGGCAGCCCAAAAGUUUAUUGGACUUGGGGUUUCUAUUCCUUUUUAUUUGUUUGCAAUAUUUUCAGAAGAAAGGCAUUGCACAGAGUGAACUUAAUGGAUGAAGCAACAAAUAUGUCAAGAACAGGACAUAGCACGAAUCUGUUACCAGUAGGAGGAGGAUGAGCCACAGAAAUUGCAUAAUUUUCUAAUUUCAAGUCUUCCUGAUACAUGACUGAAUAGUGUGGUUCAGUGAGCUGCACUGACCUCUACAUUUUGUAUGAUAUGUAAAACAGAUUUUUUGUAGAGCUUACUUUUAUUAUUAAAUGUAUUGAGGUAUUAUAUUUAAAAAAAAAACUAUGUUCAGAACUUCAUCUGCCACUGGUUAUUUUUUUCUAAGGAGUAACUUGCAAGUUUUCAGUACAAAUCUGUGCUACACUGGAUAAAAAUCUAAUUUAUGAAUUUUACUUGCACCUUAUAGUUCAUAGCAAUUAACUGAUUUGUAGUGAUUCAUUGUUUUAUAUACCAAUGACUUCCAUAUUUUAAAACAGAAAAACAACUUUAUGUUGCAGGAAACCCUUUUUGUAAGUCUUUAUUAUUUAAAGUCUUUAUUAUUUACUUUGCAUUUUGUUUCACUCGUUCCAGAUAAGCAGAGUUGCUCUUCACCAGUGUUUUUCUUCAUGUGCAAAGUGACUAUUUGUUCUAUAAUACUUUUAUGUGUGUUAUAUCAAAUGUGUCUUAAGCUUCAUGCAAACUCAGUCAUCAGUUGGUGUUGUCUGAAGCAAGUGGGAGAUAGAUAUAUAAAUACCCAGUAGCUAAAAUGGUCAGUCUUUUUUAGAUGUUUUCCUACUUAGUAUCUCCUAAUAACGUUUUGCUGUGUCAAUAGAUGUUCAUUUCACAAGUGCAUGUCUUUCUAAUAAUCCACACAUUUCAUGCUCUAAUAAUCCACACAUUUCAUGCUCAUUUUUAUUGUUUUUACAGCCAGUUAGUUAUAGUAAGAAAAAGGUUUUUCCCCUUGUGCUGCUUUAUAAUUUAGCGUGUGUUUGAACCUUAUCCAUGUUUGCUAGAUGAGGUCUUGUCAAAUAUAUCACUACCAUUGUCACCGGUGAAAAGAAACAGGUAGUCAAGUUAGGGUUAACAUACAUUCAUUUCAACCACGAGGUUGUAUAUCAUGACUAGCUUUUACUCUUGGUUUACAGAGAAAAGUUAAACAGCCAACUAGGCAGUUUUUAAGAAUAUUAACAAUAUAUUAACAAACACCAAUACAACUAAUCCUAUUUGGUUUUAAUGAUUUCACCAUGGGAUUAAGAACUAUAUCAGGAACAUCCCUGAGAAACGGUUUUAAGCGUAGCAACUACUCUUCCUUAAUGGACAGCCACAUAACAUGUAGGAAGUCCUUUAUCACUUAUCCUCGAUCUAUAAGCAUAUCUUGCAGAGGGGAACUACUUCUUUAAACACAUGGAGGGAAAGAAGAUGAUGCCACUGGCACCAGAGGGUUAGUACUGUGAUGCAUCCUAAAAUAUUAUAUUGGUAAAAAUUCUGGUUAAAUAAAAAAUUAGAGAUCACUCUUGGCUGAUUUCAGCACCAGGAACUGUAUUACAGUUUUAGAGAUUAAUUCCUAGUGUUUACCUGAUUAUAGCAGUUGGCAUCAUGGGGCAUUUAAUUCUGACUUUAUCCCCAUGUCAGCCUUAAUAAAGUCUUCUUUACCUUCUCUAUGAAGACUUUAAAGCCCAAAUAAUCAUUUUUCACAUUGAUAUUCAAGAAUUGAGAUAGAAGCCAAAGUGGGUAUCUGACAAGUGGAAAAUCAAACGUUUAAGAAGAAUUACAACUCUGAAAAGCAUUUAUAUUUGGAACUUCUCAAGGAGCCUCCUGGGGACUGGAAAGUAAGUCAUCAGCCAGGCAAAUGACUCAUGCUGAAGAGAGUCCCCAUUUCAGUCCCCUGAGAUCUAGCUGAUGCUUAGAUCCUUUGAAAUAAAAAUUAUGUCUUUAUAACUCUGAUCUUUUACAUAAAGCAGAAUAGGAAUCAACUAGUUAAUUGCAAGGUUUCUACUCUCUUUCCUCUGUAAAGAUCAGAUGGUAAUCUUUCAAAUAAGAAAAAAAUAAAGACGUAUGUUUGACCAAGUAGUUUCACAAGAAUAUUUGGGAACUUGUUUCUUUUAAUUUUAUUUGUCCCUGAGUGAAGUCUAGAAAGAAAGGUAAAGAGUCUAGAGUUUAUUCCUCUUUCCAAAACAUUCUCAUUCCUCUCCUCCCUACACUUAGUAUUUCCCCCACAGAGUGCCUAGAAUCUUAAUAAUGAAUAAAAUAAAAAGCAGCAAUAUGUCAUUAACAAAUCCAGACCUGAAAGGGUAAAGGGUUUAUAACUGCACUAAUAAAGAGAGGCUCUUUUUUUUUUCCAGUUUGUUGGUUUUUAAUGGUACCAUGUUGUAAAGAUACCCACUAAUGGACAAUCAAAUUGCAGAAAAGGCUCAAUAUCCAAGAGACAGGGACUAAUGCACUGUACAAUCUGCUUAUCCUUGCCCUUCUCUCUCGCCAAAGUGUGCUUCAGAAAUAUAUACUGCUUUAAAAAAGAAUAAAAGAAUAUCCUUUUACAAGUGGCUUUACAUUUCCUAAAAUGCCAUAAGAAAAUGCAAUAUCUGGGUACUGUAUGGGGAAAAAAAUGUCCAAGUUUGUGUAAAACCAGUGCAUUUCAGCUUGCAAGUUACUGAACACAAUAAUGCUGUUUUAAUUUUGUUUUAUAUCAGUUAAAAUUCACAAUAAUGUAGAUAGAACAAAUUACAGACAAGGAAAGAAAAAACUUGAAUGAAAUGGAUUUUACAGAAAGCUUUAUGAUAAUUUUUGAAUGCAUUAUUUAUUUUUUGUGCCAUGCAUUUUUUUUCUCACCAAAUGACCUUACCUGUAAUACAGUCUUGUUUGUCUGUUUACAACCAUGUAUUUAUUGCAAUGUACAUACUGUAAUGUUAAUUGUAAAUUAUCUGUUCUUAUUAAAACAUCAUCCCAUGAUGGGAUGGUGUUGAUAUAUUUGGAAACUCUUGGUGAGAGAAUGAAUGGUGUGUAUACAUACUCUGUACAUUUUUCUUUUCUCCUGUAAUAUAGUCUUGUCACCUUAGAGCUUGUUUAUGGAAGAUUCAAGAAAACUAUAAAAUACUUAAAGAUAUAUAAAUUUAAAAAAACAUAGCUGCAGGUCUUUGGUCCCAGGGCUGUGCCUUAACUUUAACCAAUAUUUUCUUCUGUUUUGCUGCAUUUGAAAGGUAACAGUGGAGCUAGGGCUGGGCAUUUUACAUCCAGGCUUUUAAUUGAUUAGAAUUCUGCCAAUAGGUGGAUUUUACAAAACCACAGACAACCUCUGAAAGAUUCUGAGACCCUUUUGAGACAGAAGCUCUUAAGUACUUCUUGCCAGGGAGCAGCACUGCAUGUGUGAUGGUUGUUUGCCAUCUGUUGAUCAGGAACUACUUCAGCUACUUGCAUUUGAUUAUUUCCUUUUUUUUUUUUUUUUUUUUAACUCGGAAACACAACUGGGGAAAUAUAUUCUUUCCCAGUGAUUAUAAACAAUCUUUUUCUUUUUUUUUAAGUCCUUUUGGCUUCUAGAGCUCAUAGGAAAAUGGACUUGAUUUGAAAUUGGAGCCAGAGUUUACUCGUGUUGGUUAUCUAUUCAUCAGCUUCCUGACAUGUUAAGAGAAUAUAUUAAAGAGAAAAUACUGUUUUUUAAUCCUAAAAUUUUUCUUCCACUAAGAUAAACCAAAUGUCCUUAUAUAUAUGUAAACCCAUCUAUUUAAACACAAAGUUGGGUUGAUGUCAGUUUACAUAGCAGAAAGCAUUCACCAUCCUCUAAGAUUUGUUUCUGCAAAACUUUCAUUGCUUUAGAAUUUUAAAAUUUCACCUUGUACAAUGGCCAGCCCCUAAAGCAGGAAACAUUUAUAAUGGAUUAUAUGGAAACAUCCUCCCACUACUUGCCCAGCCCUUGAAUCGUGGCUUUUCAGUGAAAGGAAAGAUUCUUUUUCUAGGAAAAAUGAGCCUAUUUUAUUUUAUUUUAUUUUUUGACACAAACUGUAGAUUUUAGCAGCCCUGGCCCAAAGGAAUUUGAUUACUUUUGUUUUAAACAGUACAAAGGGGACACUAUAAUUACAAAAACAUCCUUAACUGAUUUGAGUUGUUUUUAUUUCUUUGGAUAUAUUUUCAGAGUGGUAAAUUGUGUGUGAGAAUUACAAAUGAUUAUUCUUUUAGUGGUUUCUUAGCCUCUCUUACAGCCCACGGGGAUAGUACUGUACAUCAAUACCUUCAUAUGAAAUUUUUAUAUGCAAUGAAAAUAAAAGCAUGGGUUGAUUCUGCCUA